GAGUCGAGGGAAAAGUAUUAUUUUAAGCCUUAAAGAAUUACUUAGUUAUUCGAGACGAAAAUAUUUAAAUAAGUUUACUUGAAACUUAUUAUUAAUUUGAAUCUAUAAGAGCCGGUUUUCGGGAGCUAAAAGGUUACCACCAGCUCAUACGACUUUGUGCUUAAAAACUAUGAAACAUAUGUUAUAAACGAAAAUAAGGAAUCAUCAGAAGCCAAGAUGUCUUCGCUUCAAUUUCGUGCUAGCAAAAAUAUGUUUGGUUCAUUAGCAUUAAGUUCAAUAAAGAUUCACACACUUCGAUAUUCAGUAUUAUUAACCCAGAAAGAGAGCAAAAAUAAAUCAACUGUUGAUGCCGGAGAUGUCAAACUGCAUGCCAAGUUAAGAGACCAAUGGUGGGACCCCAACGGACCCAUGAAACCAUUACAUGCUUUCAAUAUGAUUAGAGUGCCAUUGGUAAGAGAUGGCUUAGUGCACUGUCCACCAGAAAAGAGAACCAGUACUCCUCUCCUGGGAAAGAAGAUCUUAGACAUUGGGUGCGGUGGAGGAAUUUUCUCAAUGCCUUUAGCCAAACUAGGCGCAGAUGUGACCGGCGUAGACGCCAGUAAGGAACUGAUAGAAAUGGCCCAGGAACACAGCCAGGCGCACCCCCCUGUGCCAGGAAAACGGCCCACGUACUUAUGCACAUCGAUUGAGGAACACGCAAAAGACAACGCCAACGUCUACGACGGAGUAGUGGCCUCUGAAAUAAUAGAACACAUUGAUAACGACAAAAAGGAAUUAUUCGUCAAAUCCUGCAUAAACACGCUGAAGCCAGGAGGAAGGAUUUUCUUCACGACUCCUACUAGAACUAGGCUGACGCAGUUCACAGCGAUAUGCUUAGCAGAGUACGUGCUGAACGCUCUACCGAGGGGCACACACCAAUAUGAGAAGUUCACUACGCCGAAUGAAAUGACGUUGUUAUUAGAGAGAAACGGUUGCCACGUGGAAGCGGUCCUCGGCAGUUUCUACAACAUACUCCAGAACAAGUGGCACUGGAUCAGCUCCACCACAUUAUUCUUCGCCCUGCAAGCCAUUAAACUAGAGGAAUCUUCACCGAGAUAACCAACUCACUAUUAAUGUUAUAUUUUCUAGUCUUAUGCGUAAUAUAACUUUGGUCGUAGAGAGUUU